CAUUUUAAUGUUCAAAACUUAUUAAAAAUGUAUUAUGAAGCAUCUGAUAAGUAUUAAAUAAGCAAUUGAAAUAUUUUAGAAGUAUCGGACGUAUAUGUUUAAGGAGUAUCGAAAAUGUAUGCGCGAGAAUCUGAAGAGUAUUGAUAUUCAACAUGUAUGCAAUAUGAAUACGUCAUUCCUGUAGACGUAUUCAUGCAUCUUAGAUGUGAAGUAAACUAAAUUGAAUAUGCCACAGUACUAAAAAUACUGUUUUCAAAAGACAUUCUCAAAACCAAAUCAUUUUUGGUAUUUCUUCAGCACUUUAAAUUUUAUUUUACUUGUGCCAAACUCAUUUAUAACCCUCAAAUUUAUUAUUAUUUUUAUUAUUUUUCUCCGUUUAGUAAAAUUGUACUCCAAAAUUAAACUUUAAUUUCUAACAAUAUAGUAUAGGUCUGGGUUUUAUUUAUUAUUAGAGUACCUGACUCUGCAAAUCUUCUGUCUCUACCCAAGAAAAAGAUUGCCCGCUUUUAUCUCUCUAUAUUCUCUGCAAAUCUUCUCUCUCUGUCUCUUUCCUCCAUUAAAUUUGAGUUUCAAAUUGACAAUUUGAUUUCACUUCAACACUAAUAGAAGACCCAAAACCCCACAUUUAUUUCAUUCUCUCUCACCAAGAAGCCUUGAAUCAUCUCACAAAUGGAGAAGAAAUCGAUGGUGAUGGUGAGAUUCUUUUUAGUAUAUGAUCUUUUUGCUGAGGUAUGGGGAUAUAUACCUGGGAUUGCAUUUGAUUCUCUGUUUAAUUUUCUGUAUGUGAAACAGAGAGAGCCUUUACAUUUGACAACUACGACCGCCUCUCUCUCUCUUUCGCUUUCUCUCUCUAUAUAUAUCAGGCAAGAGAGAGCCUUUACAUUUGAUUCUCUGUUUAAAUUUUAUGUAUGUUAAACAGAGAGAGCCUUUACAUUUGACAACGACGACCACCUCUUUCUCUCUCUCUAUCGCUCUCUCUCUCUCUCUCUAUAUAUAUAUAUAUAUAUAUAUAUCAUGCAACAGAGAGAGAAUCUCUCUCUAUAUACAGUAGCUUGUAGUCUCCGUUUCUUCUUCUUUGUUGGAAAUGGAAGCAGAGUGAGUCUUCACAGAUUUGAGCUGGUUUCAAACAGAUCGGAGGACCUUCCUCUUCGGCGCAGACCUAGAAAUUGGAGGAAGUGGUAACCAAAAUUCCUUUCCAUGGCCAUGGAAAACUUAGAUUUCAUUGCAUCUGUUUGGAGGAUGUUAUCAUCGUCCUUAAGCUGGUACUUUUCUUGGCGGCGAAAUACCCCACCAUAUCUGCUCAUACCUGCUUCCAAGGUCACUGCGGAUGAUGAUGAUGAAGAAACAGCCAUGGCUCCUCCUCCCUCUUCUGAUUAUUUGUUCUGCAGGCUUGCCAACAAGAAGCUCUUCAGGGUCAAGAAUGGCAGGAGUGUCCUACCCGAUGAUGCAAAGUGCUUGAUGUCCUCCCACGGAUGGCUGGCCUUUUUAAACCCUCGUGACUGUUCUCUACUAUUAACCAAUCCCCUCAUCUCCCCGGUUCCGCCCACCAUCAGCCUUCCCUUCUUGGGAACGCGUUACAUAAGAAGGCUUGUCAUGUCAUCUGCUCCUACAUCGCCAACUUCUACCACCGACGGGGAUGAGUGCAUAGUAAUGGCUAUUGCAACAAAGACUAACACACUGUUACAUAGGAAGAAUAUGCUAUUCUUCUGUAAACCAGGUGACGAGUCCUGGGAAGUCCUAGACAGUGAGUUGAAGCACGACUACACGGUUGCAUAUUCGAGCAAAGACCGGUUGUUCUAUUGCAUAGAUGGCUUUGCAAACAUUGAAACCUGGGAUCUUCGCGGUCCUUCCCCACUGAGAAUCUGUAUUGACACUUCCAGAAUUCGGACACCCAAUUUACCAGUGUCUGAAUUGAAUUUGAGAUUAAACAAAAGCCUCAGGCUGAAAAUGUACCUGGUGGUGGACUCGUGUUCUGGGGAUGUUCUGUUAGUUUGGAGGUAUACUGCACCCCUUGAGGAUGAUGGCACCAUCAUUGACUUGACUGACAGGCGUUGGACGCGAAUCUCUUUCACUACGCUUCGGUUUGAUGUUUACAAGCUCAGUGUGGCUAAAGGAAGUUGGGACCCUGUGGAAUGCCUCCGUGAUCGAGUGGUGUUUGUGGGUUUAUGUCAGCCCUUCAUACUCUCAGCUCAAGACUUCCCUCCUGGAGUAGUGAUGCCUAAUUCAAUCUACUUCUCCGAUGACGUCCAAAUGUAUGACGACCAGAAGAAGGACGAUGUUGGUAUCUACAACUUGCGAGAUUUCACUGUUGCACCCCUUUUUCCCUCUCAUCAUCCAUUCAACAAUAUCCCUCUACCCCCCAUUUGGUUCACCCCUAACCGAUGCUAUAACUAAUUUUAUAGUAGUAGGAAAAAUAUCUCUAUAUUCUUGUCGAUUGUAUAAUUGUUUAUGCUGUUAGCAAAACUUAUACUAGGAUCUAUUUAAAGGGUAUAAUGGAGAGCGUGUAUACAUUGGAAUUGACUCAAGAGGGGAUUGGAAUUUUCAUAUCUAAAAAUGAUAUAUAUUUAAGAAAUUAAUUUAUGAAGAAAAGCAUGGUAGUACA